UCACAGUAAGCUGUGAUGUCCACCAACACAAUGUAACUCUCACACUAAACUCUACCCUGGACAGUGGAUCUGUGUGGUUCUGUGAGAACAACACUGUGAGUAACAUAGGACAAGUUACAAGAGCAACGAGUGUCAAAUUGAUUAUCAAUGUAACGACUACAAGUAUGUCGACAUAUGGAUCGUCAACGCCGACAUCAACGUUCUUGACGUCAAAUUCGGACAACAGCAGACCAGAUAUACAAAACAAACAAAUAGUAUGCAUCAAAUAUGUCUACAUUGCGAUUGGAGGGGGAGGUGCCUUCAUCAUUGUCUGCAUCCUUGGAGUCGUGUGCCUCAAGAAAAGGAGACAUCGUCAAGGACACUCGGUAAAGGAGGAUCGCCCAGUCAUUGAGAAUGGAAACCUAAACACAGCCUUCCAACACGACUCAAUUGACGACGACAUAAUGGUGGAGAAUGAUGUGUAUGAGAGGUCGGCGGAUGUGAUCAGUCCAGCUACUCAGGAUCCUGGGAAAGCGGACGAUCGUCAAGUCGAAGGAUACGCUGUGAAGGAGGGGCCACCAGACAUUUGGAAUGGAAACAGUAACGCAACUCUCCAACACGACUCAAGUGACGACGACAUAAUGGUGGAGAAUCACUUGUAUGAGAGGUCAUCUGAUGUGAUCAGUCAAGCCACUCGGGAUCUGGGGAACACAGACGGGGUCACAGACGGUGUUUCAAGGUUGAACAAAGUUCAGGAGAAAACAACACAACCCGACCCUGUUCCUGUUACCGCCAUUCCUGACUCUGGAGAUGCUCGGCCGAUAUAAAGUUUGCUGACGUACUCCUUCACUUGACCCUUUUAUAUUACUUGGGUCCUUUUAAUAUAACCCAUGUUGUUUAGACAUGGCGGUUCGCUUGAACAAGUGACUUGCGACGGAACGUCUUGAAGUAUCUGCAAUGGAUGGUGACAUUCACAAAUCUGGUCUUUAUAAAUGGAAAAGGCAAAUCCCAAAGUCCUCUUCAAGAGUGUAUUUUCGCUCACAGGUGCCAUGCAAUUUACAAUCUCCAUUCGAAAUAUUAUUGUUAAGAAUUACAGACAUUACUUGAUUAUUAAUUUUAAUUGACACCCAGGAAAUGUGUUCUAAGUGCAGUUGCUGUAACUUGCAGUUUUUUUUGUUCAUUGUUCAACAUUAUUCCAAUUUAUUUAUAAUGAUUGAUAAAAUCGGUGGUAACAGUAUUAAAGUCCAAACUUGGAUUUCAGUCGUUGGAACUGUGACUGGGGAGCAGUGGGUCAUGUCGAAGAUCCGGGUUCGAAUCCCAAUCUGCGUGCAAUAAAUGACGUCCAUUCGUGUUAUUCCAUAUUAUUAGAAAGUUGCUCAAAACCACAUCGUCGGAACCUUUCAAGCUCAAACCUUCCUCACAGACCAACACGCUAAAACCCCCGUCCUCACAAAGUAAUACACCACAACUCUCUUCUUCACAAAUCAACACACCGAUUCCUGACACUGUCACACCCAAAACAUUUCCUUUUCUCGGUCAAACUCAAAUCUUUUCCACUCUGACACGAUCCAAACCACAUCUCCACCACUCUGACACAGUCCACGCAUCUUCCCCUCUCAAACCUCAUGUUCUGCACCAUGUCACCCCCAAAAGUCGUCCUUUUGCCUGGCCUUCCACACCCGAAACCAAAUCAUCCUGGUUUGGACUGUGACAGGUUGGCGGCGCGUGAUUGUGUUUGAAAAUUGACAACUUUAUUGGACGGAGCUAUUCCACUGACCUUCGCUGUGAAUAUGUUUUCACGUACACAAAAUCGGUGGACACAGAUAUUAACAAAUAAGUUGCUGUCAGUCGGAUUUCACACGUUGUCACCCUGCCACAUCAUCCUUGCUACUGACUAACAUGUGUAUACUUGGAAUAUAUUGUAGAGUAAACUGAGAUGAGAUGAGAUGAGAUGAUUUUUUUUAUUAUCCCCAAAGGAAAUUUCUUUUACAUCAUACGCAGUUCUCCAGUUUAUCUUUCAAAAGGCAGCCAUAUAUAACACUGCAAGUGAUAAACAUUGUUUAAAAUAAUCAAGAUAUAAAUACAUCAAUUUAGUACACAAACAUUGAUAUUGACUUGAAUUUGGACAGUUUGAAGACAAGUCAUUCAUUGAAUUAGUUGUUAAUACAUCUAAUACUAGCUGGAACAAAUGAGUGGCGAACCCUGUUUGUUCUAAAAGUCGGCAUACGCAGCCUGCGUCCAGAAGGUAAUGAUGAAUAUUCAGAAAAGAGUAUGUGAGUAGGAUCACUUAAAAUUUUGUUUGCCUUUUUUAAAUUUGCUGCUCAUAUCAACUGCCGAUACUCUCGAUAGGAAGCCCAAUAAUUUUAGACGCAGUGUUUACGAUUUUUGAGGAUUUGCUGUUAUUCUCGACAGACAGGUUCCAGAACCAACUGAAGAAAUUAAAGGUUAUGACACUUUGAAUAAAGGUUUUGUAAAAUAACAUUAUGAUAGUUUGGCCGAUUUUUAAAUGUUUCAACUUCGACAAAAAAUACAAGCGUUGUUGUCCUUUCUUAUAUAAUUUCUCAGUGUUUUCGUUCCAGGAGAGUUUUGAAUCUGAGACAGUACCCAAAUAUUUGUAUUCAGUUACCCUUUCUAUUUUAUUACUUCAAUACUUACAGCAUUUAUUGAUCAUUUCUUUGGUUUUUUGCACACUCAAAAAUAUAAAGUUUGAUUUAUACCGUUCUACAAAUUUUGAAAUGUCAGCUCUGUAACUAAGUUCUGAUUCCAUAACAAGUUCUACCAAUGCUGCAUCAUCAGCGAAUCAUUAUGUGUAGAUUGUUGAGCGAUUUUAACAUGUUAGCCAUUGUAACUGCGCUGUGAAAGAAUAAAUACCAAAUAAACUAAAACAAGUUUUUUUUCCUAUAACAACAGGUUUUGGGAUUGCUACCUACCGCCUUUGUUUACAAACGGAUAUCAGUCUGUUUACUAUAGUGCCAUCAUAAACAUAUGUGUUUGUUUGUAUGUUGACACUGAACAGACCAUGACUGCCUGAUCUGACUGGCAUACAGAUGGUGUCGAUCAAUAAAUCAGUCAAAAUCAG